AUGAACAACUCACAGUUCUCGUUCCGCAAAAGACCCAUCUUUCGCAACAGCUCGCAGUCGCAGAUCCCCGUGCUCGACAACUACCCGUCGCAGCAAUGCGACGAGGCGUCUUACGACCCGGACCACCAAAGGUUUUAUUCCAAGUACAGGGGCAUACUCAAGGACAAGGACGAGCCGCCGGAAGAGGUUCUGCACAACCCAGAGUUCGAAUAUAACUACGACGAGAAGAUCAGAGCACCACGGGUGUCGCUUAUUAAUCCUAAUUUCAAGCCAGAACCUCACGACAAGGAACCGCAACAGCUUGAUCUCAGGGCGGAAAAUAACGACUACGUCACGUCGGACUCGAACACAGAGUACCAGCCGGCCAGCUUCGACCUGUCGAAGCCCACAAGACAGUACUCGGAGUCGUCAGACGACAGAACUAGUGUGCCACCGUUGGGCGAAUUGAGACUUAAAUUACACAGUGAACCCAAAAUAAAAUAUGUUCCGCCGGUGCUGCGACAGACGUUCGUGAGCGACCCGGGACAGCAGGACGCGGUACAGCGGUCGGCCUCGGAGCCAAGCGAGCCAAGCGAGCCGAGCCAGGAUUCCAGCACGUCCGAAAACGUAGAGUCGUCAAAAUCAGACAUAGCUCUCCACAAGGUGCUGUCCAACUCCUCGAUCACGUCCAAAGGCGUGGAGCCCUCGCAUUCGCAUUGGAAACCCAACCACUCCACAAACAGAUGCACAGGCUGCAAUAUGUUGUUCUCGCUGGUGCGCCGCAAGCACCACUGUCGCCACUGCGGCGAAAUAUUCUGCUACCGCUGUGUUCAGAACAGCGCAAACCUCAACGUGCUGGCCAAGUUCGAGAAGCCGGACCUCGACAACGGCAAGAUCCUCGAUUCCGGAGGCGGCGUCGUGAAAAACGCAACGUACUGCAAGUUCAGUAAAGUGUGCGACCGAUGUUUCAAAGACUGGCUCUUGUUCCUCCAGAACGAUACCGACUACGAGUCGGAAGUCCAGUUGGAGACCCCCAAAGAGGCACACGACACUAAUAGAGACCGCAUGAACUCCGAGUCAAGCAAGUCCGGAGUCCCUAACGACUGGACAUGGAGCUCGUUCUAA